AUGAACAGCAAGCCUACCAUGAACCGUGGCAACGGUGCCCUGGACAUCAGCCUCGCUGCACCUCAGGGAUGGAGCUAUAUCGCCGGUGACACCGUCAUUGGCAUGGUUUCUCGCCAUGCACCAAUAAUCACAUCAGAGGCUACCGUGAAACUCGCUUUGAAGGGACGGGUCAAGAUCCAGGUCCCCAAGGGAUUCGGCGCAUCCCACGAUCGCCCCGGGCCGGUCUAUAAAGAACUUCUGAUCCCCAAAUGCCAUACUCUGUUCCAGGGUCCUCUUCAUAUACCAGAUAUCAGUGACUCCGUCUAUUGGCCUUUCGAGGUCGGGAUAUCGCCCUUCUCCCAGGACUCAGCAUUUCAAGUCAACGGAGAUUCACUUCCGAGCUGGGACGAUAUAUGCAGCUCUCGACUACCUGGAACUUUCUAUUCAGUCGGAAGCCACCCUUCCAGUUCUCUAUCAGCGUGCUGGGUCGAGUAUUAUCUCGAAGCCGAGAUGCGAUAUGUCCAGAAGGGCGAACAAAAAGUCCACACUUCAACAUGUCCCAUUCAAGUGAGACAUACCCCGGAAACUAUCUUCAGUGGGUUUGGCAAGCAACGGAGAACAUUGAACCGAAGCAUCCGAGGCCAGCAUUUGCUCCCAGCGCACCAAGAGGAUCGCUCGUUCGGACGAAGAACACGAGAGUUCUUCAUCCAUCCCUCGAAUCACGCACCCGAGCUUCACUACAAAGUCGAAGUCUACGCACCAGCAACCGUCCAGCUCGGGAACCCGUCAAAUAUCCCAUACAAACUGAAAUUUGAGAUCCUACCGCAGACAAGCACCGCACUCAGAGAUGUCGAGUUAAAAGUCCUCUUCAACUCAGCCAAAUUUAUCCUAAGAUCUGAGACCAAGGUGACCACAGGAACUGCACUUCAUUCGCUCUCCAGUAUACAUGGCUCUCGUACAGACCUUGGAAUAGAGCAGGCUUUCAAACAGCUCGAUGCUUUUCCUUUGAUGAUUCCCUUGACCGAGAGAAGCCAGACUCUCAAUAUCGGCAAAAUGCUUCAGCUUACUCUCCACACGACCGGUCUAAAGGCUGGUGAAAAAGAGCUAUCGGCGACGGGACUCAUUACGCCGAACUUUACUACUCAUACCUUGCGGUAUUUGAAUACGCUGCAGGCGGAAUUUUCGGUCACGGUCGCUGGAAACACCACAUGGUUGUACGCAAGCACGCCCCUGACGAUUAUAGCGGAGAUGUGA